UCAUGUAUUUAGUUUAGGAGUGAUAUUAAUACCCCGUCAGGGAGAGCCAUGUUGAUACAGUUGUCCCGACCGGCCACAAAAACGGUAAAAUCAUGAGCCGGGGUUUUAAAGCACAAAAAAUACAUGGGAUCGCACACACCUUUCUUCGUGGGCACGAACUAGGGAUUGAAAUUUGAUUUGCUUGAAUUGAAUGAUCCGAAAAUCCCAAAAAAGGCGGCAGGGCCUAUCAUCCACCUUGACAUGUCUCUUUCUGCCAUGGCACCGCUGCUCCACCAUCAGAUCCCUAAAGCAAAUCCACGCCUUCAUGGUCGUCUCCGGUUUCAACGCCCACCUUCCCUCCCUUCGAGAGCUCAUUUUCUCUUCUGCCAUUUCCGUCUCUGGGGCCAUCGACUACGCCCACCAGCUGUUCGACCAAAUUUUCGAACCUGAUAUCUUUAUCUGGAAUACCAUCAUGAGGGGCUCCGCUCAGAGCUCCUACCCUUCCAAAGCCAUUUCUCUCUAUAUGCGGAUGGAUCGAAGCGGCCUUAGGCCUGACAACUUCACCUUCCCUUUUCUUCUCAAGGCCUGCACCAAGCUCUCUUGCAUCUCCACGGGAAACCAAAUUCAUAGCAAGAUAGUCAAGUUCGGGUUUGAGGCUGACACGUUCGUGAGGAAUAGCCUCAUUAAUUUGCACGCAAAUUGUGGAGAUUUGGAUGUUGCCCGCCGGCUUUUUGAAGCAUCGGGGAAGAGGGACCCGGCUGCUUGGUCCUCUCUGACUGCUGGUUAUGCCAGGAGAGGUGAAUUGGGGACUGCACGCCGACUCUUUGAUGAAAUGCCUGUUAAAGAUCUGGUUUCUUGGAAUGUUAUGAUCAGUGUAUAUGCUAAGAAUGGGCAGAUGGAGAGCGCGCGAAAACUGUUUGAUCUAGUUCCUGACAAGGACAUAGUGUCUUGGAAUGCAAUGAUCGCAGGUUACGUGCUGUGUGGUUCCCACGAGCAGGCAUUAGAGAUGUUUGAGGACAUGCGACGUGCAGGGGAACAGCCUGAUGAGGUCACUUUGUUGAGCCUAUUGUCUACAUGUGCAGACUCUGGGGCUCUAGAUAUUGGACGGAAAAUACAUCACUCAAUUUUGGAGAGGGGUUGGAGAGAUAUGAGCAUUGUUCUUGGAAAUGCACUUAUUGACAUGUAUGCCAAGUGUGGGAGUAUAGGGGGGGCGGUCGAGGUUUUCAGAGGGAUGCGAGAUAAAGAUGUCUCAACCUGGAAUUCGGUAAUUGGAGGGUUGGCUUUCCAUGGGCACCUAAAGGAAUCAAUCCAUCUAUUCAAGGAGAUGAGGAGAGAGAAAGUGAGACCAAAUGAGAUCACCUUUGUUGGAGUUUUAGUAGCCUGUAGUCAUGGAGGGAUGGUUGAUGAGGGCCAUCGAUAUUUUCAUCUUAUGACAUGCGAGUAUGGCAUCGAACCUAACAUUAAGCAUUAUGGGUGCAUGGUGGACAUUCUUGGACGGGCAGGGCUACUAAAUGAAGCAUUUGAGUUUGUAGAGGCGAUGAGGAUCGAGCCCAAUGCCAUCAUCUGGCGGACUCUGCUUGGGGCAUGCAGGGUUCACGGCAAUGUUGAGUUGGGCGAGAUUGCAAACAAACGGCUUCUUGAGAUGAGACCAGACCAAAGUGGUGACUAUGUUUUGCUUUCUAACAUAUAUGCAUCUAUGGGGGAGUGGGGUGGUGUGGAGAAGGUAAGGAAGUUGAUGGAUGACAGGGGAGUUAGGAAAGAGGCUGGUUGCAGUGUAAUAGAGGAAGAUAACAAAGAGCUCAUGCAUUUCUUGCUGGAUUCAAAACCUAAUACGAAUGCAGGAAUCAACAUCGUUAUUUCCUGAAUCCAAAGGAUGAGUGAUUGUAGGUUAAAUGUACAUGGUUUGCAGUUGGCUACAUUCAUGCUCAAAUGAAGAGACUUAAAUAGAUUGGAUAAAUCAAACCGGUUUGCAAUUCCUAAGGUUUAGAUCAGAA